AUGGCGCCGCAGGAUACGGCUGGACGAAUCCCCAAGAAAUCGUUUAUCUCGACAUCGGUUCUCCUCGGCCUUACGCUGGUGGGCGUUCUUGUUCGAUUCCUUAUUCGAUUCCGCAUCCAACGACAGCGACCGAAUGUCGACGAUGGCUUGCUGGCCAUGGCUCUUGCUCUGCUCCUUAUCAGUAUCGGUUUUAUGCACGAGGAGGUCAUCGACCGGAUGUACUUCAUCGUCGCGUUGCAGAGAAAAGUCGAAGGAGUCAUUCCCAGUCCAGAUUGGAUGCAGGUCUCGUUUCAAUUCCACAAAUGGGUCACCAUCUGCCUGAUGAUGUCUUGGUCUGCCAUCAUGGCGGUCAAGUUCAGCUUUCUCUUUUUCUUUAAACGACUAAUUGAUCGCAUUCGGCCCUGGUGGAUUUUUGACCUUUCUCACAAGACCAUCUCGGCUUCAAUCGAUUAUCACACUUUUUUUGAUCCUCCUCGAUGUGCUGUGAUGACCUUUUUGGCCCCCAGAAGGGAGUUCAAAACGCAGCCUGACACCGUCUUUGUUUCGCUGGUUGCAAGGUACUAUUAA